AUGGCGACAGUGCCAUUGGAAGUAAAGGAAGCACCUCAGACAACAGCCACACCCCAGCUGUUGUCUAAAAAGGACUUGCCUCAGGAGUGAAACCUAUACUGGGACUUUUGCAUAGGGGACUUUUGGCAAUCAAAGUUUGAUGAGUGUAUGCCCUGAAUGAGUGACACUGAGGAGUUCCUGUUCCUGGAUCUUGCACUGCAGAAGCAGACAGGAAAUGUGAAGAAAAUGGAGAAUUUGAAGAAAAAAGUGGAGUGGAAAGUGACAGAAAUGAAGAAGAAGCAGAGGCAGAAGCAGAAGUUCAUGGAAGAGUGGAAACAUCCAGAGCAGAUGGAUGCCAAAGACCCAGCCUCACUGCAGCAGUGCCUGGGACCUGGCUGUGUCUAUCCUACCCGGCCAGGCUCCAAAUACUGUUCAGAUGACUGUGGCAUGAAGCUGGCAGCUAAUCGCAUCUAUAAGAUCCUGCCCCAGCGCAUUGAACAGUGGAAGAAGAGCCCCUGCAUUGCUGAGGAGCAUGGCAAGAAAAUGCUCGAGCGCAUCCACCGUGAGCAGCAGGACACCCAAACCCACCUGAAGAACAUGGAACGUCAUUUCCACGAACUUGAGGCCAUCAUUCUGCGUGGCAAGCAGCAGGCGGUGUGCAAUGAUGAGGAGAGCACCAAAGGUGGUAGGGGCAGCGGCUGUCUACAGAUCUUCUGUGUCUCCUGUGGGCAACCCACCAGUAUGCAUGCUGCCCUGCGUCACAUGGAGCGCUGCUUCACCAAGUAUGAGUGCAAAUCGUCCUUCGGGUCCUCGUACCCCACUUGCAUUGAGGGGGCUACGAGGCUCUUCUGUGACAUUUAUGAUCCACAGAGUAAGAGAUACUGUAAGCGGCUCCAGGUGCUAUGUCCUGAGCAUUCGACGGACCCCAAGGUACCAGAUGAUGAGGUAUGUGGUUGCCCACUAGUGCACAAUGUCUUUGAACUCACUGAUAAUUUCUGUCACCUCCCCAAACGUUUGUGCAACCACCACUACUGCUGGGAGAAGCUGAGGCGUGCUGAGGUGGACCUAGAACGCGUGCGUGCGUUGCAGAAGCUGGAAGAGCUGAAUGAGCAAGAGCACAAGGUACGCACAUCUAUGAUGAACCGGGCAGGUCUGGUGGCCCUGAUGCUUCAUCAGACAAUCCAGCAUGACCCACUCACUACCGACUUGCGCUCCAGAGUAGACAGCUGA